UACUGGAAAUGUGACGUUAAUGACUGACGUCGGAACGAGCCAAUGACAUGACAGCAGGUUAAUCUUCUACAAUUUCGGUACCGCCCCCUCUCCCUCCCGGAUUUCCUAGCGUGACCGACGUUUCGUGUCUCUUUAGACUUAAAAAUGCGUUACGUGGCCGCUUACCUCCUGGCUGUGCUUGGUGGAAACACCAGCCCCUCUGCAAAGGACAUCAAGGCCAUUUUGGGCAGUGUGGGAAUUGAGGCCGAUGACGAGCGCUUGAACAAGGUCAUAAGUGAACUAAAUGGGAAAGACAUCAACGAAGUCAUGAACUCAGGCCUGUCUAAGUUAGCCUCCGUUCCAGCCGGUGGAGCUGUAGCGGCCCCUGCUGCUGCCGCUGCCACUGGGGCCGCUGGGGCUGGAGCUGCGCCUGCUGCUGCGGAAGAGAAAAAAGAAGAGAAGAAGGAGGAAUCCGAGGAGUCCGAUGAAGACAUGGGCUUUGGGCUCUUUGAUUAAUCCGUGUUCUCUGUGUUUAAAAAGCAAUAAAAAUGUAAAAGGUUUACAGAAA